AUGGACUUCGACGAGUUGGAAGAGCAAGAAGCCGCGUGUGAUGAAGGUCGACGGGCCGUUCAAAAGGGCGAUCUGGAGCUGGAGUUGGAUCAGGCGGACGAUGACGAUGCCGACAUAGAUCUUCAGCAACCAACGCUGGAAGCUUUGACUCGCUUGGUGCUUCAGGAGCGGGAGAAGCGAAAAAAGGCCGAACAGGCGCUGAAAAAGGUGGCCGGCCGCAUGCAGCAGCUGCAAAGCAGGCUGGAAGAAAAGCCUGGCAUUUGGUGUCUGGGAACCCGCCAUCCACACAUCCAUCCCAGUGCAUAUGUUGCUCCUGGUGCGUCUAUCAUUGGGACGGUGACCUUGAGAAAAGAUGCAAGCGUCUGGUUUAACUGCACACUUCGAGGAGACAACGAAGUGAUUACCAUCGGCGAAGGGUCUGAUAUUCAGGACAAUUCAGUGCUGCACUGUGAUCCUGGCAAACCCUUGAUUGUGGGAAGAAAUUGUCUCGUCGGCCACCAGGUCUGCCUACACGGAUGUCGGAUAGGGGAGAACUGCCUCAUUGGCAUGAGAACCACGAUCUUGGACAAUGCUGUCAUUGGAAAGAAUUGCUUCGUUGCUGCAGGCACCUUCAUUGGAGAAGGGAAAAACUUUCCGGACAAUUCUCUCAUUGGCGGCAACCCUGCGAAACGGAUUGCAGAUCUGGAAACAGAUCCGACAAAGAUGGCAGCUGUCAUGAAUGCGGCAAGCAGUGGCCCACCCAGUGGGAGAGGGUGCUGUGUGCUGCCAGUGCAGAUGAGUCCAGUAUUUGUGGAAUUUGUGGAGUGA